AUGGCGUCUCUCGAUGAGAAGCCCCUGACAUCGACGCCGCUGAUGCUCGACAACGACUACAUCGACGAAAAAGCAGCCUCGUCCACCGAGCCUCAGCGACGAGGUGGAAGCGAGAUCACCGUCUUUUGGCCUCCUGGAGGCAAAGCAUACAGCCUACGUGGCUGGAAACUCGGUCUCGUCUUUUGGACCAUCGUCGCCUACUUCUUCUUCCCGUUUGACAAGCUGUCCCUCAACAGUCUCCAUGCCUUCCGUCACCACCGACCGUGCCACCAUGCGAGCAAGGGUCUGCACGGCUACUCGCAGCACCUACGUGCAUCUGGCUUCCUGUCAAGUCACGGUGACAGCUCUUCCGCCUCAGCAGUGAAGGACACGCCGGAGGCACGAUGGAAGCAGUGGUUCGCCAAGCUCGAGACCGACUUCCUCGCCGUGCCCACCGCCUCGGGCGCGCGCGACGCCCUCAAACGCUACACUAAUGUGAGCCACGUCGCUGGCACCGAGGGCGACUACAAUUCUGCGCUCCAGAUCCUCUCCGAAUGGGGCAACCUCGUCGGUGCUCCUCUCACCGAGAACCUCAAGGACCUCGUGUUCGACGCUGGAUCCGCAGAGGGCCAAGCGUACCUGCACGGCACCGGCGACAAGUCGGGCGUCCGCGCCUGGACCGACACGUACGCCGUCUGGCUCAAUUACCCGCUCAACUCUUCGCUGACGCUCUCCAAGCCGGACUCCACAGAUGCGCCCUAUUGGAAAGCCAAGCUGGAGGAAGACGUGCUCGAGGCGGACCCGACAAGCGGCCGCGGCGUGCCGCUCUUCCACGGCUACUCGGCAUCCGGCAGCGUCUCCGGCCAAGUCGUGUUCGCCGGCAUGGGUCGCAAGCAGGACUUUGCCGACCUCGCCGCCAAGGGUGUCGAUGUCAAGGGCAAGAUCGUGCUCGUCGACUACGGGUCCAACUUCCGCGGGCUGAAGGUGCGGGCUGCCCAAGAGGCCGGUGCGGUAGGUGUGAUCAUCUACACCGACACCAUCGAGGAUGGCGAGAUCACCGAGGCGAACGGGCACAAGGCGUACCCGGAUGGUCCUGCGAGGAACCCUUCUGCGGUGCAGCGUGGAAGUGUGCAAGGUCUGUCGUUUUACCCUGGUGACCCAUCGACGCCGGGCAAGCCGUCGUACCGGAAUGCGACCCGGCUCGAGCCAGAGGAUGCUGACUCGCUACCCAAGAUCCCCUCCCUCCCACUGUCUUACGCUGAGGCGAAAGUGCUGCUCGAGGCGAUGAAGGGCAAAGGUCUGCGCGCGGAAGACGUCAACAACCGCAUGGCGGGCGCCAUCGAUGGCGUCGAAUACUGGACCGGUCCCUCGGACGACAUUGUCCACCUCGAAAACUUUGUCGACCUGAAGGUGCGUGAUAUUUGGAACACCUACGCUGUGCUUCCGGGCCACAUCACGGACGAGGUGGUGAUCCUGGGCAACCAUCGGGAUGCAUGGACGUUUGGUGCGGCGGAUCCCAACUCGGGCACCGCCUCGUUCCACGAAGCCAUCAAAGGUCUUUCCACCCUCUACCGCGCGGGAUGGAAACCCAUGCGCACCAUCGUCUUUGCCAGCUGGGACGCUGAAGAGUACGGUCUAGUCGGCUCUACCGAGUUCGGCGAAGACUACGCCCAGUGGAUCCGCGACCACGUCGUCGCAUACCACAACGUCGAUGUUUCCGUUGCUGGUUCGGUGCUUCAAUCCUCCUCCUCGCCCUCGCUGUCGCGCUUCGUCCAGGAUGCCGCGGCAAAAGUCACUGCUCCGAACUCCACUGCGAAGAUCACCCUCGAUGCGUUCCACCCCCUCGGUAGCGGCUCCGACUACACCGUCUUCCUCCAACACCUCGGCAUCGCCUCCACCGACCUCGGAUUCAAACGCGCCCCCACCGAUCCGAUUUACAUGUACCACUCCAACUACGAUUCCUUCCACUGGAUGGACACGUUUGGCGAUCCUGGAUUUGCACGCCAUGAAGCGGCAGCGAAAAUCGUCGGUUUGAUGGCCAUUGAGAGCUCGACACAGCUCUUUGCGCCGAUCGACGUGCAGGACUAUGCUCACGAGCUGCAGCGCUAUCUGGGCAAGGUCGAGCGCAUCGCGGAGAACAACUUGGGUGUUCAAUUGGGUGCCAAGAGGCCAGGGUGGCUCAAGGAGCUGCAGAGGUCGACGCACAAACUCGGCGUUGCCGCUAACCGAUUCGAGCAGCGCAAGGUGCACUUGGGGAAGGAAAUGGCGAAGCUCGCACAGAAGCACCAAAAGCACGGCAAACACGGAAAGCACGGCAAGGAGAUCUGGAAGGCGCUGCGCGAGGUUCGAGCGACGAACAAGAAGCUGCAGACGUUCGAGCAGGGGUUGAUUUCGGAGGAAGGGCUGAAGGGACGAGAGUGGUACAAGCACCUGGGAACGGCGCCGGGGAGGUGGUUGGGGUACGGAGCGACGACGAUGCCCGGUGUCACGGAGGCGAUUACGCUGGAUAAGGGUGAGGGGCUGGAGAGCGAGGCGAGGCGGUUGAGCAAGCAUAUCAAUGGACUUGCGAGACAUUUGGAGAAGAAGCACUGA